AUGGAAUUGCGGGCAGGAAGCUCUGGUGUCCAAAGAAGUACACGCCAGGGAUGGACUGCGUCCUCUGCCCCGAGGUUCCGUCUCGUGAAUCACAUCCCGGUGGCUCGCAGGAAGCGUGCGUCAUGGCCGGGCAUCAAACAAUGCCAUGACGCACCAGCUGGUAAAUCCGCGAGGGGUCACGAAUGGGAUAGGAAAGGUAGGCCGCACCAACCGCAUCGAGACCGGAAUACCCAGCAUGCGAUGGUCCUCCUAGAGCGAACGAACAGGCGAUAUUCGCAGCGCGCCUAUCAUGUAGCACAGUUAUACGGCAAGGCAUCAAUCGACGUCGCUUCGUUCGCAAGACCAUAUAGAGAGAAGUUGGCAUCGCCAAAGCUUGGAUGUAAUAACGCACCAUACACAGUACGAGCAGAGAACGCGCAUAUAUACCCGGUGCUCAGCUCAGUCCCAGCACGCGGGCUUCCAGAGGUUCCUAGCAUCCCGGGUCAGGUCAUGGUGAGCGGGAGCGAGGGGGGAAGGAAGACGAACGACGAUCCAGAGGUAGAUUUUGGGGUGCCCAUGCAGCGCGACAGCUGCGUCGCCAAGAAUGAGACGUCCGAGUGUAACGCGUCGCUUUCUCGCGCCGGCGUGAGGUUCAGUGACAGGGCUGUUAUAUCGUUCCGACUUGCCACCGCGCAAGAUGUGAGGAAAGGGGGGGUGCGAAGGGGCACUCGUCAUACCCCAUACUCUUGCAUCCAGCGGACAGUCCUACUUCCCAACCCAUGGCAGAAAACGUCCGUCACGAAAAUGGCAGGCAGUGCUGCAAGCGGGAGUGAGAAAGAAAGGAGCGCAUAUAUCGACUCUCCGGGAAAAGAGAGGGAUCGACGGUACAUCCAGGAUAGGGGGCCUCCGGGAGAAGAGGCACGGUUGAAUUCGACGGGGUUGGAUGCAUUUCAUGUCCAGCAGUAUUUGAUCCUGUUCUCGAGCCGUGAAAAGAGUGCGAAUGGGCGACAGACUCAGAGGCUGCCCAACGCAAGUCUCCACUUGAUCACAAUGAACUGGCAUUACGCAGAGGCCAGGAGAUCGUCCCGCGCAGCGGAAAUUGACGGAAAACGAACCAGCAAACCGCGAUCACGACUGGAACGGUCGGUCAAGCCGGAUGUGACGAAUAUUAAAGAUAAGAGUACCACCGGGCGGGGCUCCAACCCAGAUGCGUCGACAUCGCAGGCCGGUGGCCUUGCUGGUGCUCUUGUCGCCCGUGGUCGAGUGUACGGGAAGCGGGAACGAGAGCACGAGCGGGGCCACGAUGAUGGAAUAACGCACCGACGCUUCAUAUGCGAUAUCCCUCGUCCUCGAUUGGCUCACCUCAAGCUUGGGACGGUGGCUGCACUGCAAUGCAUUUGA